AUGACCCUGCCUCCUGGCGGUGGAUUGGUGAAUGACAACCUGUCCCCGCCCAGACUCCCUCCCAUCCACCUGAUUGGCCGAGGUGAGACUCUGGUUGGACUUGGUAACCCACCCUGCACUGGACGAACUGCGGUGGUCAGCAGGAAUCUGAGAGAUAAAGAAAAAGCUGCUGUUUACUGGAACAUCUCAAUGGAUGUGAAACAGGAGAGCUGUGAUGUGGAUACAAAUAUCAUGGAGAAAACUGUAAAUAUUAAGGAUGAGGACUGUGAGUGUGAGUCCAUCUGCCUUAAACAGGAAAGUCUGAGCAUCAAGGAAGAGAACAGCGAACUGCAGUCAAUGAACAAUAAAGAAGAACCUGAAGAGACGUCUGUCAGUAUUGAGACGCACAACCAUACAAAUCUGGACAGUGCAAAAGAAGACAACCUUCAUGAUGGGUGUCAAGAUGGAGUGGUGACCAGGUUAGACACUUCUCAAAGCAGACACUGUUCAUCUCCAGAGCCUUCUACCAAUGUGGAGUCUGAAUCCUUAGAGUCUGAACCAAACAGGGCUGAGGAAACUACAUCUGUUAGGACUCAGAAAAAUAAGCGGCCAGCUACAAAGAAGUCUGGAAAAAGAAAGAAAGAUCACCGCAGUGUGGAAUGUGGCAGAGAAUUCUCUAACAGGAGCGCUCUUCAGAAACACACGAGAGUUCACACCGGAGGGAAGACAUAUUGCUGUACUGAGUGUGGUAAACAGUUUUCACAAAUGAGCCAUCUUAAGAGCCACACUAGAGUUCACACCAGAAGGAAGCCAUAUUGCUGUAAUGAGUGUGGUAAACAGUUUUCAAAGAUGAGCAAUCUUCAGAUACACACUAGAGUUCACACCGGAGAGAAGCCAUAUUGCUGUACUGAAUGUGGUAAAAAGUUUUCACAUAAAGUCAAUCUUCAGAGCCACAAUGGAGUUCACACAGGAGAGAAGCUAUAUUCCUGUACUGAGUGUGUACUGGAUGUGGACGACGAGUCUCACAAAUCAGAAUCUUCUGGGCCAGAACAGAAUUCAGACUGGGUGCCACCUGCAGAAGUGGGCUUAGUUGGAGAAGAUCUACACCGGGGGCUAUCAGCCCUUUGUCAUGGCGUACCACCCCAAAAAAUAUAA